AUGGGAGGAUUCCAAUCGAAGUACUCCGACUCCAAUCUGUUUUUUGACGGAAUCAGAAAUACAUACAAUGCAAGGGACUAUGUCAAGAGCAGAGAAGGCCUGAAGGUGAAAGCGCGCCAGAAAAGGAAUGCGGAUGAGGAGAGGAAACAAUUCCUAAGCGAAGAAGACAAGGAUAUCUCCUUUCUUAUCAGAAACAGAGAUCUUAUGGAUCCAAGUAUCAAAGAGGUUGAUUCGAAAAACUGCCAUCUUGGGAAGUUUGUGAACUGA